UAUAAAAUGUGUAAAAAUCGAAUAGCAAAUAUUUUUUAUGUGCUCAACCUUAUUCAACACAUUGUUGAUGCAGUCCAUACCAAACCCAAGCAAGGUAUGCGUCUGCGUGCCCACCAUACAACACCUAGCGGCCAAUGUGACAACCUAUGCCGAGAUCUACCAAGCAACGACAAGGAACCAGUGUGCAUGAUCUACAGCAGAUACAAGAAAGGAUACCAGUUCUUUGUGAAUCUGUGCCAUGCGAGACGAGCGAUUUGCAGGGAUAAUUUGGUUUUGCACAUGGUUCAUUCAAGCAGAUGUAUAAAAAACAAGCAAUAUUAUAUGCCAAUAAACUGAAAAAGCAUUUAUUAAACGAAAUGUUAUUGCCGUAUGUUAU